UCAGUACCUUUGUUUCAUGGUGACAUGUUAUUUUCAACUGCAAAUCUCUAAAAGGUAGCGUCAUAUCAUCAUCACGUACGGUUAUUUCGUCUCCAUGGAUCCAGCUUUCUCAUCUCAAUCUUCUUUUUCCAUAUAACCAAACCAUCUCAGGCCUUUCUUCAUCACCAUUUUUUUUUCUCCAGAAAUUUUAUACCUCCUAUCUUUUCUAUUUUUACCAGAAUGGCCAGAAGCUCACUUAAGGUUUUGGUUACUGGUGCUGCUGGGCAAAUAGGCUAUGCUAUUGUUCCAAUGAUUGCCAGAGGUGUCAUGCUAGGCCCUGAUCAGCCUGUAAUUCUUCACCUGCUUGAUAUUGAACCUGCAGCUGAGGCCUUGAAUGGGGUCAAAAUGGAAUUGAUUGAUGCUGCCUUUCCUCUGCUCAAGGGAGUUAUAGCUACUACGGAUCCAAUAGAGGCUUGCAUGGGUGUCAACAUUGCAGUCAUGGUCGGUGGCUUUCCUCGGAAGGAAGGUAUGGAGAGGAAGGAUGUGAUGUCUAAAAACGUGUCAAUCUACAAGGCUCAGGCUUCAGCCUUGGAGAAGCAUGCUGCUGAAGAUUGCAAGGUGCUGGUAAUCGCCAACCCAGCUAACACCAAUGCACUCAUCCUGAAAGAAUUUGCUCCUUCAAUCCCAGAGAAAAACAUCACAUGUCUUACGCGACUUGACCAUAACAGAGCAUUAGGCCAAAUAUCUGAGAGCUUAGAUGUACAAGUUAGUGAUGUGAAGAAUGUCAUCAUCUGGGGAAACCAUUCUUCAACUCAGUAUCCAGAUGUCAACCACGCAACUGUACAGACCAGCAGCGGGGAGAAGCCUGUCAGAGAACUUGUCUCUGAUGAUAAAUGGUUAAAUGCUGAGUUCAUCACCACCGUGCAGCAGCGUGGUGCAGCCGUUAUCAAAGCUAGAAAACUAUCGAGUGCAUUGUCUGCUGCCAGCGCUGCUUGUGAUCACAUACGCGAUUGGGUUCUUGGGACACCCGAGGGAACAUGGGUUUCCAUGGGGGUGUAUUCUGAUGGAUCUUAUGGGAUUCAACCUGGCCUUGUAUAUUCUUUCCCAGUUACCUGCGAGAAGGGCAAAUGGUCCAUUGUGCAGGGACUCAAGAUUGACGAUUUCUCGAGGGCGAAGAUGGACGCAACAGCAAAAGAGCUUGUGGAGGAGAAAUCGUUGGCCUAUUCAUGUCUCAAUUGAUCAUCUGUACGAGGAGAAUAAUGAAGGAGAUCACUCUUAACAUACCUAUGAAGAAUAAAGAAAAUGCCCUUUUGCGUUGUAAUUUCAGACGAUGAAUGAUACAUUGGUGCCUCUUAUCCUACCAGUUGUGUUCUAUUCUUUUAUAUACUUGAUUCAGUUUCUAAA